GUAAACAGAAGGGCUGAGAGGCCGAGCCCUGGAGGAAGCGCUCACGGUGGGAAGCGCCAGCCUGCGGAAGUAGAUAUCGGCUCAUCCGGUCAUGGCCCAAAUCAUUGACCUGGCUUCGCUGGAUGGCGGACCGGCCCAGGCCGCCUCCGCCCGGGCCGUCGAGCUGCCCGAAGGGCGGAAGAGAGUGAUGCUGGCUGGGGUGAAAAGUCAGAUCUACCACCCAUCCUUGCCAACCCUGAGGCAGAUGGACAUAGACUCGGCCAACUCCAGGCUUCCUGAUGAGCACUGUAGGACGACCACCUUCCUCACCAAAGGGGAUUUUGACCAGGCCCACUUCACACUUCUCGGGGAGCCCAAGAAGCGCCUGGCGUGCUUGGAGACUGUCAGCGGAAGAUCUUCUGGGGGAAGGGUCCAGGCGAGCAGCCCAAGAGCAGCCCUGUGGAGGCUGGAGGACGUGACCGAGACAGGCCAAAGACUCACCGAGAGGUACCGGGAAGGGAAGCUGGCUCCUCUGCACCAGGCUAACUGGCCGAAACUCACCCAGGCCGUGGAGGACUGUUCCCGCUUCAUCUCUGCAGCGGGAGAAUUCAAGCUGCCCAAAGUGGAGAGGAAGAUUGGAUUCAGCUCUUACGCCGUGCGGUACCUGAAGCCAAAUGUCACCCAGAGCUGGCGGUACUGCCUCAAUCAGAACUCAAACCUGAACAGAUACGGGCCGCAGCCCCUGCCCAUCGAAGGCUUAAAUGUGUUCCGCCAUUUUGGCUCAUCCUACAGCCGCUCCAAGUUCCUCUUGCCGUGGCGCUAACGUGCAGGAAAUACAGAGGAAAGGAUGAGGCGUCUCUGACCCAUCUCCUCAACCUUGGACCACCUGAAUCCUGGACAAAGGAAGAAGGAUGCUGGGCAGGGGAUGUAAGGGGAGGGCCACCACACUCUGAGAAACCUUGGACAAAUAAACUAACUAACCCG